GCUUACCCGAGGGGCGAGGAGGCCGGCGAGCUCCAGCAGAGCCCAUGCACUGCAGCAGCCGCGAGGCCAGCAGCCUGGCUCUGGCCAUGAGCCGCACACUGCUCCUGCUCCUGCUCCUGCUGCGUGGCCCCACUGCUACCACCGGCCGCCCCCCACCUGCUGCCACCCCCCGCCUCAAGCUGCCUUUCCCCGAGCUGCGGGCUCGGUACGGACUGCGCCUCUUCGCGCUGGAGCGCUCCUGCUGCUACGAGGCCCUGCUGCUGGACGAGGAGCGCGGCCGUCUCUUCGCUGGUGCCCAGAACCACCUCCUCUCCCUGGCGUUGGAUGACAUCAGCCAGCGGGACAGGAAGAUCUAUUGGCCGGCGCCAGUGGAGUGGAGGGAGGAGUGCAACUGGGCUGGCAAGGACAUCACCGCCGAGUGCAUGAACUUCGUGAAGAUCCUGCACCCCUACAACCGGACCCACCUGUACACCUGUGGCACGGGCGCCUUCCACCCCGUCUGUGCCUUCGUGGAGGCUGGACAGCACCCAGAGGAGCCCAUCUUCAAGCUGAACCCCCGGCACACUGAGGAUGGCAAAGGGAAGAGCCCAUAUGACCCACGGCACGCUGCCGCCUCCGUCCUCGUGGGUGAGGAGCUCUACUCCGGGGUGGCCACCGAUCUGAUGGGCCGUGACUUUACCAUCUUCCGCAGCCUGGGCCGGCGUCCCUCCAUCCGCACCGAGCAGCAUGACUCCCGCUGGCUCAACGAGCCCAAGUUCGUGGCUGUUUUUUGGGUGCCAGAGAGCGAGGACCCCGAUGAUGACAAGAUCUACUUCUUCUUCCGUGAGACGGCGGUGGAGCGGCAGCAGGGGCUGGGCAAGGCCAGCUUCGCCCGCAUCGGCCAGAUCUGCCGGAACGACGUGGGUGGGCAGCGUAGCCUGGUGAACAAGUGGACGACUUUCCUGAAGGCUCGACUCGUCUGUGCCGUGCCAGGACCCGACGGGGCAGACACCCACUUUGAUGAGCUCCGAGAUGUUUUCUUGCUGCAGACAAGGGACAAGCGCAACCCGCUGAUCUACGCCAUCUUUUCCACCUCCAGCUCUGUUUUCCAGGGCUCUGCUGUCUGCGUUUACACCAUGGCUGACAUCCGCCGGGCGUUCCUGGGCCCCUUUGCACACAAGGAGGGUCCCAACUACCAGUGGGUGUCGUACCAGGGCCGCAUGCCAUACCCCCGCCCGGGCAUGUGCCCCAGCAAAACCUUCGGCACCUUCAGCUCCACCAAGGACUUUCCAGACGAGGUGAUCCAGUUUGCCCGGCAUCACCCACUGAUGUACAACCCGGUGCUACCCCACGGCCAGCGCCCUCUCUUCCUGCAAGCCUCUGUGCCCUACACCUUCACCCGCAUCGCUGUGGACCGUGUCACUGCUGCUGAUGGUCACUACGACGUCCUCUUCAUCGGCACAGACGUGGGCACGGUGCUGAAGGUGGUCUCAGUGCCCAAGGAGAGCUGGCACCGCAUGGAGCCGUUGCUGCUGGAAGAGCUGCAGGUCUUCGAGGACGCCUCCCCCAUCACCAGCCUGCAGCUGUCCUCCAAGCGGCAACAGCUCUACGCCGGCUCAGCCACAGCUCUGGCCCAGCUGCCCCUGCACCGCUGCAGCGCCUAUGGCAAAGCGUGCGCCGAGUGCUGCCUGGCCCGGGACCCGUACUGUGCCUGGGAUGGCACCUCCUGCACCCGUUACGUGCCCAACACCAAGAGGCGUUUCCGCCGGCAAGAUGUCCGCAACGGCGACCCCAACGUGCUUUGCUCCGAAGACCCCCGGCAGGGCAGCAUGCCCCAGAAGCAGCUCUACGGGGUGGAGGGCAGCACCGUCUUCCUAGAGUGCAUCCCCAAAUCCCUGCAAGCCCGUGUCCUCUGGACGUACCAGCGCACCCUGGAUGAACCCCAGCGAGAGGUGCAGCUGGACGCGCGGGUGGUGCGGACGGAGCGGGGCAUCCUGCUGCGCAGCGUGCAGCGCGCCGACGCCGGCCUCUACCUCUGCCACGCCAGCGAGCACGGCUUCACCCAGCCCCUGCUGCGGCUCUCCCUGGAGGUGAUCGGCGCCCGACAAGCGGCGGGCACGGCACCCGCCGGAGACCGCCAGCUCGCCGCCGGGCCCCCCGGCCACAAGGUCUGGUACCGGGACUUCCUGCAGCUGGUGGAGCGGCCGCCGCUCGGGGCUGCGGACCGGGCGUGCCAGCGGCUCUGGAGCCGCGGAAGGGCGCUGCCGCCUCCCCGCACCCACAGCGGGCGCCCCGGCCCCGGCCGCGGGCAGGGCGAGCAGCCGCGCGGGGCCCGGCGCCGCCGCACGCACGAGGGGCCGCGGGCCGAGCGCGGGCCCCGCAGCGCGGCCGCCUGGUGA